AUGGAAGAACAAAUCAUCACCAUCCUUCUGCUGGGAGAUGAGAAAUGCGGCAAAACUACAUUUUUAUCACGGAUCAGCCAGGGCCGUCCAAAUCUCCAAGGCAAUGUUCCAAUCACCAUACUGAGGGAUAUAGACCAACCCUUUGUGUUUGAUAUCCGCUCCCGAAAAAGACAGUACCGCUUCGAGUUCUUCGAUACAUCCAGCCCUGAAAGCUGGAAACUGCUCCGACCAGACCUCGUAAUCAUCUGCUAUGACAUCAGCCAGCGGUUGAGCCUCAUCAACCUCCAGCGAGUCUGGGUAAAGGAGGUGCGGGCGACAUUCAACCAUGAUCGUCUGCCGAUGCUCGUGUUGGGUUUAAAGAGGGACUUGCGCUCCGAGGAUGAUCCAAAUGGAAUCAUAUAUCCGCAAGAAGCAUAUGCUCGCGCCCAAGAAAUGCGCGCAGACAAAUACAUGGAAUGUUCUGCUGUAACAGGCGAGCUUCUCCCCGAGGUAUUUGACGACAUAUGUAGCACAGCUCUCAAGUCGACGUCGGAGGAGGGCGGACAGAGCGAAGGGGGGUGCGCCAUCAUGUAA